GGAGGAAAACGUAGCGUGAAGGCUACUCGAGGCACUGACCCCGGGAGCUCCCACGGGCCGCCGCCGCCGCGCCACUCGGGGCAACUCCGGAGUGAGUUACCUGCGCCCGGAGAAGGGCCUUACCUGCACGCGCCUCUGCCAAUGGCAGCUCACCUGAGGGAGCCCCGCAGCCAAUCACCGCGCAGCUCGUCCCUCGGGCUUGUACCCUUUAGUAAAAGAAUUCAGCUCCUGGCGAGAAAGUUACCUGUGGCCGACCAAGUCCGCCACUUUCUGCUCGGCGACGGCCCGCCGCCGCGACCCAGGAGGACUCCGCGCCGCCCGGCCGCCUCCGAGCGCGGGCCCCAUGUGCGGGGGCCCCUCCUUAUCCCACCUUUCCGGCUAGACUUGAAAGUCCAGUUUCACCAGAGGCUGAGGCUCCAGGAAAAGGGGAGCGAGUUCAUUGGAUCAAACAUGUCACAAGAGUCGGACAAUAAUAAACGACUGGUGGCCUUAGUGCCCAUGCCCACUGACCCUCCGUUCAACACCCGAAGAGCCUACACGAGUGAGGAUGAAGCCUGGAAGUCAUAUUUGGAGAAUCCCCUGACGGCAGCCACCAAGGCGAUGAUGAGCAUUAAUGGUGAUGAGGACAGCGCUGCCGCCCUUGGCCUGCUGUAUGACUACUACAAGGUUCCUCGAGACAAGAGGCUGCUGUCUGUGAGCAAAGCAAGUGACAACCAAGAAGAUCAGGACAAAAGAAACUGUCUUGGCACCGGCGAAGCCCAGAGUAACCUGAGUGGAGGAGAAAACCGAGUACAGGUCCUAAAGACUGUUCCUGUGAACCUGUCCCUAAACCAAGACCCCCUGGAGAAUUCAAAACGGGAACAGUACAGCGCCAGCGUGCCCGAGAGCCCAGCCAUCAUCCCCGUGUCAGGAAUCACGGUGGUGAAAGCCGAAGAUUUCACCCCAGUUUUCAUGGCCCCACCCGUGCACUAUCCCCGGGGGGACGGGGAGGAGCAGCGUGUGGUUAUCUUUGAACAGACUCAGUACGGUGCGCCCUCCAUGGCCAGCCACGGCACCUACCUCAAGGAUGACCAGCGCAGCACCCCGGACAGCACUUACAGCGAGAGCUUCAAGGACGGAACCUCGGAGAAAUUUCGAAGUGCUUCAGUUGGGGCUGAGGAAUACAUGUAUGACCAGACAUCAAGCGGCACGUUUCAGUACACCCUGGAGGCCACCAAGUCUCUCCGUCAGAAGCAGGGGGAGGGCCCCAUGACCUACCUCAACAAGGGACAGUUCUACGCCAUAACGCUCAGUGAGACGGGAGACAACAAAUGCUUCCGACACCCCAUCAGCAAAGUCAGGAGCGUGGUGAUGGUGGUCUUCAGUGAAGACAAAAACCGAGACGAGCAGCUGAAGUACUGGAAGUACUGGCACUCUCGGCAGCACACGGCGAAGCAGAGGGUCCUCGACAUCGCGGAUUACAAGGAGAGCUUUAAUACGAUUGGGAACAUUGAAGAGAUUGCAUAUAAUGCGGUUUCCUUCACCUGGGACGUGAAUGAGGAGGCCAAGAUCUUCAUCACUGUGAAUUGCCUGAGUACAGAUUUCUCGUCCCAAAAAGGGGUGAAAGGACUUCCUUUGAUGAUUCAGAUUGAUACAUACAGUUAUAAUAAUCGUAGUAAUAAACCCAUUCAUAGAGCUUAUUGCCAGAUCAAGGUCUUCUGCGACAAAGGAGCAGAAAGAAAAAUCCGAGAUGAAGAGAGGAAGCAGAACAGGAAGAAGGGGAAAGGCCAGGCCUCCCAAACCCAGUGCAACAAUUCCUCUGAUGGAAAGUUGGCAGCGAUACCUUUACAAAAGAAGAGUGACAUCACCUACUUCAAAACGAUGCCUGAUCUGCACUCGCAGCCCGUCCUCUUCAUCCCCGAUGUGCACUUUGCAAACCUGCAGAGGACAGGACAGAUGUAUUACAACGCGGAUGAUGAACGAGAAGGCAGCAGUGUCCUUGUUAAACGGAUGUUCAGGCCCAUGGAAGAGGACUUUGGCCCAACACCUUCCAAGCAGAUAAAAGAAGAAGGGAUGAAACGAGUGCUUUUGUACGUGAGGAAGGAGACUGACGAUGUGUUCGAUGCCUUGAUGUUGAAAUCUCCCACCGUGAAGGGCCUGAUGGAAGCGAUAUCUGAGAAAUACGGGCUGCCCGUAGAGAAGAUAACAAAGCUUUACAAGAAAAGCAAAAAAGGCAUCUUGGUGAACAUGGACGACAACAUCAUUGAGCACUACUCAAAUGAGGAUACCUUCAUCCUCAACAUGGAGAGCAUGGUGGAAGGUUUCAAGAUCACACUCAUGGAGAUCUGAGCCUGGUCGGCUUGCCCUCGCAGGAGCCCUCCGUGCACUCCUCCCUGGGAAAGGAGGAGGCCCAGCCCCAGAACCCGCAGACCCACCUCACCCAUCUCACAACUGCUGUUACACGACCGUGCUGGGGGCGGGGCAAGGCGUACAGCCCCACUCCUUGUCAGUGCGUCUGGCCCAUCCACCAGCUCCUGCUCUGGAGCUGAGGCCCGAGCCCCUCGGGAAGGGACCUUGCGCCUGUCAGACCCUUAUUUAUUGACCACCUGUUUCUGGAGCCCAGGACCAGGCCCGCCGGGACUCUGCAGGUCACUGCUGGCUCCAGAUGACGCCAUCAAGAGCCACCCCGCCAACCCAUUCAUCUCGAAGAGCCUGGGAAGGUCUGGUGCCACCUGUCUCACCUCUCCACUUCUCCCGAGUGGCUGGACAACAUGAGCUGCUUCCGGGUGCAGUGGUCAGAGGUGGGGUAAGAGGUGGAGGUCCCCUUGCUGGUCAACCCUUCAGGUUGAUCGGCGAAGGUCAUCUUGCUAGAUACCUCCAGGGGUCCCCAGCAAGUGGCCAGCGGGCCUUGUGCAGGAAGACAUUCAGCUGCCAUGUACUUAGUAGGUGACCCGGAAGGCAUGCUGGCUAUCAUGUACAUAGUGUUUAUAAUAUUGCAAUAAUAUAUUUUGCCUGUGGUACGUGGGCAUGUUUACUGCCACUGGCCUAGGGGAGGCACUGCUUUCUACCAGAGGCUUCUGCCUCUUGGCUGUGUGGAAGCGCACUGGGCUAGGGAAGUGGCCUCCAGGGUGUAGGUGACUAUGGUGGGUGCCAAGACAAGCUCCAGGGGGCACGGCCAGGGACUCGGUCCUGUCCGCAGAGGGAGCCCCGUCCUCUCCCAUGGACACGCCUACUCUGGAGCCCACCGCCGCCUCUGUCUCACGGUGACCGGUGAUGUGCUUUGCUUGAGUCUCCCUCUGAGCUGCCUUGUGGGAAAGGCCAGAGAGUCUGAGGCCCCAGCUCCUCCAGCUUUGGUGCUGGCUCUGCCUGAGCUUGUCCUGAGGAUCCUGGCCACUGUGCAGUGCCGCGCAGUUUACCAGCAUGUCCUUCAUCUCAAGUGGCCCCCUUACAGCCCGACUGCAGUGCUGAGAGCGGUGCCAACAGCUCAUGUCUGAACAGACAGGCCAGGGCGGCCUCCUGGGCCUCAGUGCUAGAGAGGGAGGUACCAGUUGCCUCUGCU